AUGAAUUUCCAAUCCAUUAUCUUAUUCCUGGCUGCCAGUUUGGCCUUCGUAGUUUAUGCUCAAGCGGGAACGUGCACCAUCUUUUACAGCGGUGCAACACGACAUCAAACCGGUAAUACGAGUGGGUGUUAUGGUAUCGACGAGAGCGACAUUGUAAACGAUGCUCGGACCGAUGUUAAGGGUACUUGUUACACUUUUUACUCUGACUACGGCUGCAAAGGAAGUAUAGUAGGUCAACGGUGGUGUGAUACCUCAAAACCUGGUAUUAAAGGCAAAUCAGUUAAAUUAGAAUGUCCAUAA